AUGGCCUCUCUUGUAGCCUUAAUAAUUUUCAUAGCUAUUGUCAUAUCUCAAGCUGUUGCAACAACUGAUGAUAACAUCUUGCAGACAGGCGAUUCAAAUAAUGAAAGUCAAGGCAAGAACAUGACAGAAUUAACAAUGCAACAAAUUUCAUUAGCAAUCCCAUAUUUCAGUGACAAUGGAGAAAUCAGAACUAUGAUCAACAACACUAAUGCAGACAACACACUGGCCUUAUUCGCACUGAGAUGCACCAAUCUGGAGACAUGCGUAGAAGGAUUUGAGAAUAAACCUCAGGUGAUGUUCGAAUCUGUAUACAACAAACUCAAGUAUCCCAUCGAUCUCAACAGAGGAACGACCAAAAUCAUGGCCAGGUUGGACAAUAAAGCUGAUGUUAUGAAAAAAGAUUCUGAGUAUCUGGAUUGGGUGUCUGAUGGGGACAGGAAUCUCCUGGAGGCGGAUUCGAAGAUCAGUGCUAAUGAUGUGGUGGCCAAAUAUGGAUCGGGGAAGUAUAAGACAAUAUCGGAUGCGGUGAAGGAUAAAUGGAAUUUGAUGAUGUUUGGGGAUGGGAUGGAUAAAACCAUAAUCACCGGCAACAAGAGCCAUGCCCAUGGCACUGGAUUCCAGACUAGGGUAACCGCCACCUUUGCCGUACUAGGAGAGGGAUUCAUAGCUCGUGACAUAAAAUUCGCAAACACGGCCGGAGCCAAGAACGAACAAGCAGUGGCCCUUCUCUCCGACUCAGACCGGUGCAGCAUGGAGGGUGUUAAGGAUGUACUCCUUAACAUCGGACAAAUUCCUCCGUGA